AUGUGCCGCUGGUUCGCAUAUCUCUCUCCAGAUGAGGAGUGUCUACUUGAAGAUGUCCUCAUUACACCCGAACACGGCCUCGCCAAACAAGUGCACGACCACUAUCUGCCCAAACUAUUUUCCCAUGUGCCCGGCGAGGAGACGACAAGUCAGGAAGUCUCCCUGCGCAACCGCCUGUUCAACGUCGACGGUUUCGGCAUGGCAUGGUAUACGGAGUCGCGGGCAGAAUUCGUGAAAUCCACAAUAGGAACCCGCCCUGCUGUGUACAAGAACAGCCAACCCCCCAACAACGACGCCAACUUCCAUAGCAUCUGUGAAAAUACCGCCACAACUGCGUUGUUUGCGCACAUCCGCGCCGCAACGGGGACAUCAGUGGCCACCAUCAACAACCACCCGUUUAUCUUUGGGCGACACACCAUCAUGCACAAUGGUCUCAUUGCCCACUUCGCCGACAUCCGCCGGCCCAUGCUCGACUUGAUCGAAAAGUCCGCGUACGAAAACAUCCAGGGCACCACCGAUUCGGAGCACUUUGCUGCGUUGUACAUCACGCAUUUGACCAAGGCCGUCGGUGGCGGCCCGGAUAGCUGGCAACGACAAUACACCACUGCUGAAAUGCAGAAUGCCCUCGUCACAGCCUUCCAGGCCGUUAUUGAGCUGCAGCAGAAAGUGCUCGGUGCCCAGAACGUGAAAGCGUGCUCCCUGAAUGUCUGCUGUACCGAUGGUGACCAGAUGGUCGCCGUCCGUCUCCGGAACCAUGUUAUAGAACAGCCGCCUUCUCUGUACUGGUCUAACAAAGCCGGUGUAACCCUAAAUCGAAAGUAUCCCGACCUCCCUUCCGGCGCAGCAAAUCCCAACGCCAUCAAAUCGGCCUCCGAGCACGGCAGCCACGUCAUCGUCGCCAGUGAACCAACCACAUACAAGAUCGAAGAUUGGGCCCUGAUCGAGAAAAAUCACGCCCUCCUCGUCGACUCCCGAGGGAGCUACUCGAUGGUGAAGAUUGAGUUGCCGGAUUCGUUUCUGGCCCAGGCAGAAACCGGACAGCAUUUCUGA